AUGGCGCUCUCCAACGCACUGUCGCUGAAACUUCCCCUGAAGCCACCUCUUCAUCCACCUCCCUCCAAUCUCCACUCCCUCUCCCUUCCUCCCCGAUUCAAAUCUCUUCCAAUCCAUUCUUCUACCCUCUUCAGGUCCCGGCUUCCGAAACCGCGAACUGGACUUCUCGUAAGGAGAGCAGUCGAAGAGAGCCGGGAGGAGCAAACGGAAUCGGAGCAAUUGAAUGAAUCCAGGACGGCGGCGGCGGAACCAUCGGCGACUCCGAGCGAGAAAGGCGGACAGGAGCAGAGCGAUUUGGGAGAAGAGAUAAGGAAGGCGAUGAUGGAGAGGAAGAAAGCCGAAGAAGGCGGCGCCGGGAUUGGCGGGGAUCUGUUUAACGGAGUGGCGGAGGAGAUUCGAGAGAUAGAAUGGCCGUCCUUCGGUAAAGUUUUGGGAACGACAGGCGUGGUACUGGGCGUCAUCGCUGGCUCCAGCGUCGUUUUGCUCACCGUCAAUGCCUUGCUUGCCGAGCUCUCCGACAAGGCGUUCGCCGGUAGAGGCGUUCAGGAUUUCUUCAGUUAA